UUUAAGAUCCCCUCAAAUACAAUUCUGACAUUACAGUGCCCCUAGUGGACAAACUGUCAGUAGAAGUGGUAGAAUACUCGCUUGCCUUGCUGAGCAAUUGAGAGAAGCCUUAACACAUUCACCACUUUCUUUACCCACAGUGGGACAAUGGCUCCCCUUUAGUUGCUGGCGCUGUUGUUGGGGAGUCGUUUGCUGGGAAGUGAUGUUGCACUGAAUGUGUCAGGGUGAUGGCACCCAGUGACGAGCUUGGAAUAAUUGUUGGCUAAUUAUACUGUGGAAAGGUUAUCUCUCCUCUCAGAGGCUGGUCUAGGGAGGGGGGGCCACCGAGCAAGGUCCUUAUCUCAAAACUCAGGCCCCCAUGUUCAGCUUAUAAGUGGCCGGUCAGUAGCCACUGAGAGUCACAUUCCUUGCCCAGUAAGAAGCUAGCAUCAUGCAGCGUGUGGCUCCUGCUCUCCUCGUGGUCCUGUGGCUAUUAGCCUGGCACAGUGGAACCCAUGCCACCAACAGAGUCCCCACGUUUGGGGUGAAGCUGUGCGGCAGAGAAUUCAUACGUGCCGUUAUCUUCACAUGUGGCGGUUCCAGGUGGAGAAGAAACGAGGUCCUGCAAGCAGGGGAACCUGCUGAAGUCUUUGGAAAUUUGGUCUCUGCCGAUGUGAAUUCAGAGGAGGAGGAGGUGCUGAGCGAAUGGGCGAGCAGCCUGCGUCCCCACAACAGUGACAUUGACUACGGGAACGUGCAGAGCUGGAGAGACACUGCGGGGGGACGGCAUGGAAUGGGGGCAGCAGAAGAUGCCCUGAGGGGGGUGGAAAGAAGAGGGAGGGAAGCCGCAUUGGGAUUAUCAAAUACUUGUUGCAAAUGGGGGUGCAGCAAGAGUCAAAUUAGCUCCUUGUGUUGAGAGGGAGCAGGGUGACUGGGAGAGAGUCUGUAAUUAAGCAACGCUCAGGGGUGCUGGGGAGGAGGGGUCAUGUACAUGUGCAGAACAGGAUUUAUUAUUAUUAUUGUUAUUAUUAUUAUCAGUGUGUGAGUAGAGUAGAGGUUAUGCACAGGAGUGCAGCUUGUUGGAUCUGGGGCAACUUGUGUAUUAUCAAUAUGUAUAUAUACAAUACAUUUUCAAUCCUGUAUUCUGCUUCUUUUUUCACUAAUGUACAAUGGGGAGUUUAUUUCAUUCUGGGAGAGGAUAUUGUGCUGCUGAGUGGGCUUCAGGGGUGGGUACAGUCCACAGAAGGCCCCAUUUGCAUCUAUAGGGCCCCACCACCACCAACUGCAAGAGCCGAGGGGCCACAUCUCUAAAUAUACCAAGGGCAGCUCACCCUCAUGUGUGUCUUCUGCCAUAGACUCCUACAGGUCAAAGUUUGACUGCUCCGAGAUAUUGUAGAAGGGAAUGGUUCAAAUGCAGAAAAGGCUGCUCUCUGUCGUACCUGGAGCCUUCCAAGGAUUUUAAGCAGGAACUUUUGCUGUUGGUUUGACUGCAUGAACCACCUAGUGGCCGAAUGUGUUCCACAACUUUAUUGUUAUUCUCCUGCUAAUGCCAAUAAAUAUCGAAUUCAAUGGCAAACAGAGUGCAGUCACAGACUAGUUAACUAGGUGGUCCUCUUGUAAGUUAACUUUUAGUAUGUUAUAGAAUGGCUAAUUCUAAGCA